GUCGAAGAAAACACCCGAACUGUUAGCCAAAUAUUGCGAUAUGUUAUUGAAAAACAAAGUGAAACAAAUGGAUCCGACAGAACUGGAGGAGAAACUAUCUCAAGCCGUGAUUAUAUUCCGGUUCAUCACCGAUAAGGAUGUGUUCAAUAACUUCUAUCUCAAGUUAAUGACCACAAGACUACUUCAGGACCAGUCGACCAGCGCUGACGCCGAGGGCAGCAUUAUUUCCAAAUUGAAGGAAUGCUGUGGAGUUGAGUACUCCUCGAAACUGCAGCGCGUCUACCAAGACAUCCGACUCAGCGAAGAACUGGACGGACUGUUCAAGAAUGCCGUCGAUAUGUCGAUCGAACUGACAGUGAAAGUGAUCAGUGGAAGCGCCUCUCCAUUCGGUAACGUCAACUGCACGUUCACUAUUCCCGAAGAGCUGGGCUCCGGAAUCAGCAGUUACCAGGCAUUCUAUAUCAAUAAGCACCAGGGUCGCAAAUUGACGUGGGUGUACGCCAAGUCCAGGGGCGACAUCCAGUACCGGUGUCCGAACGGCAAAAAUUUCGUGUUUACGGCGAGUGUCUUCCAAAUGGCAAUUAUGCUUCUGUUCAACCGAUACGAUGAGAUGUCCAUCGAAGACAUACAGAAGAACACUGACAUUAAAGUGGAACUUUUGGUCCAAAUCUUGAAAAUCUUUUUGAAAGUCAAACUACUUCUCUGCGUCGCCUCCACUAAAGAUGAGAGCGAACUGAAGGCCACAGAUGUUAUGAAAUUGAACACCAAUUACAAGAACAAGAAACUGAGAAUCAAUAUUAAUGUUCCCAUUAAAACAGUAGACAAAGAGGACGACGAGCGGACGCACCGCCAGAUUGACGAGUCCCGCAAAUUUGUCAUUGAGGCAGCGAUUGUUCGUAUAAUGAAAAUGCGAAAAUCACUCAAACAUCAGGAACUGGUGGGCGAAGUACUCAACCAUAUCGGCGCCAAAUUUUCGCCAACCGUUCCAAUGAUUAAGAAAGGGAUAGAAGAGCUGAUACAACGAGAGUAUCUGGAAAGAGACGCCACCACAAGAGAUGUGCUAAACUACUUGGCCUAAUGUUGUGCCGUUUAGUUUAGCUAUUUUUGAAACAAAUUUGCAUUAAUUAAAGAUUCAUUUCAUAAACCAAACAAAACCAGAAACUAUUUAUAAUAAAAAUAACACUUUAUUAUCCGAUUUUGAAAUGCCAUAUAAAAUAACUACAUAUAAAAUUACAUAAAUAAAAUAAAAUCUAAUUUUUUGUUUUAA